AUGACUCUCUGGGAUGGCGUGUUGCCUUUCUAUCCCCAGCCCCGGCAUGCUGCCGGCUUCAGCGUCCCGCUGCUCAUCGUCAUUCUGGUGUUCCUGACCUUGGCCGUCAGCUUCUUGCUCAUCUUGCCUGGGAUUCGUGGCCACUCGCGCUGGUUCUGGCUGGUGAGAGUUCUUCUAAGUCUGUUCAUAGGCGCAGAAAUCGUGGCCGUGCACUUCAGCGCUGAAUGGUCAGUGGGUAGGGUGAGCAUCGACACAUCCUACAAGGCUUUCAGUGCUGCGCGCAUCCGAGCCCACCUUGGUCUGCAUGUGGGCCUGGAGGGGAUUAAUAUCACACUCAAAGGGAGCCCAGUGCAGCAGCUGAACGAGACCAUCAACUACAACGAGCAGUUCAGCUGGCGUCUUGGCAAGGACUAUGUCGAGGAAUACGAGGAGGCACUGGAAAAAGGACUGCCAGAUCCAGUUCUGUACUUGGCGGAGAAGUUCACCGUGAGCAGCCCCUGCGGGCUCUACCGCCAGUACCGCCUGGCGGGACGCUACGCCUCGGCUCUGCUGUGGGUGGCGUUCUGCCUCUGGCUCCUCUCCAACCUGCUGUUCUCCAUGCCAGUCCCACUCUAUGGAGGCCUGAUGCUCCUAGCCACCGGCGCCUUUGCGCUCUUCUCUGUCUUCGUCUUCGCCUCCAUCUCCAGUGUGCCACUCUGCCGGAUCCGCCUCGGCUCUUCCGCGCUCACCACGCACUACGGUGCCGCCUUUUGGGUCACGCUGGCCACGGGGGUCCUGUGCCUCCUCCUGGGAGGAGCGGUGGUGAGUCUCCACUACACUCUACCCAGCGCUCUUCGCUCCUUCUUGGACCGAAGCGUCAAGGACCGUGGUAACCAAGAGAGAGGGGGCUCACCUCUGAACUUCAACAACCCACUACACAAGAAAUUUGAGGCCUCGGACUUAACGAUCAGUACUCAUCUGUGA